GGUUUCUAAAAGACCCAAGAACAACUGCCAAGACACUAGUGAAUGAUUUAGUCAAGUCUGGGAUUGAUGUCUCAAUGAAGACAGUCACUAGAGUCCUGCACAAGAAUGGACUGCGAGGUUGCAGACCAAGAAAAACUCCACUUCUGAAGAAGAGACACCUCCAAGCUAGACUGAAGUUUUUUAUCUAAAGACCCGAGUAUGUAAGAAACUUUGGUGAAAUGGCCAUGCAUUUAAGAGUUAUAGGAGCCUCAAAUAUCCUAUUUAUGUACUCUAGGAACCUCAAAAUAUGUUUCAAAAGCCUUUAUCUUAUAAUGGGGUUUGUAAAGGAACUGCUAACGGUUAAGAAAUAUUUAGAGGUCUUGCAGGAACUAGGAGUAAGUUUCUCUGAAAGGAAAACUGAAAGCAUGCCUGGAGAAUCUCCCGGGUCUACUGGUGUGGCAGCUGAGGAACCCUAAAUAAUGCCUCAAGUAUCUUUUCAUUUUUACAGUGAUUAAAGACUAGGGGUGCACAGUUUGGAUUUGUGGAGGGUGAAGAAGCUUUGAGUAACAGCAUCAGAUGGAUUUUGGAUUGAAAUAUGGUCAUCUACUCCGUGAUUAUUUCACACAUUCAUGAGCUUGUGAUGAUGUCUCUGGUGGAUUUGGGAAAGAAGCUUCUAGAAGCAGCUCGUGCUGGUCAGGACGAUGAGGUUCGGAUACUGAUGGCCAAUGGAGCUCCAUUCACUACUGACUGGCUGGGCACGUCUCCGCUGCAUCUGUCUGCUCAGUUUGGACAUUACUCGACCACAGAGGUUCUGCUGCGUGCUGGAGUGAGCCGCGAUGCCCGCACCAAAGUGGACCGGACGCCUCUGCACAUGGCCGCGUCUGAGGGUCACACACUCAUAGUGGAGCUCCUGCUGAAGCACGGUGCUGACGUGAACGCUAAAGACAUGCUGAAGAUGACAGCAUUGCACUGGGCUGUACAGCACAGCCACCGAGACGUGUUGGAGCUUCUUCUGCAGUUUGGAGCCGAUGUCCAUGCGCAGAGUAAAUUCUGCAAAAAUGCACUGGACAUCGCCCUCGACAACAGCUCUCAUGAGCUUGCUGAAAUCCUGCAGGUAGCAAUGCAGAAUCAGAUCAACACAAACCCAGAGAAUCCAGAUACACUGACUAUUCACACAACUACACCACAGUUCAUCAUCGGCCCAGGAGGAGUGGUGAACCUCGCUGGACUCGUUUCACCGGGAAACGGCAGCAAAUCUACAGUCGUGGCAGCAGAGGAGGUGAUAACGGCGGAUACGGUCGAUGGAGCCAUUCAACAAGUUGUGAGCUCUGGAGGUCAGCAGGUCAUCACCAUCGUAACCGACGGUAUUCAACUGGGGAACCUGCAGACUGGCACAGGUAUCAGCCAGCCCAUAAUAGUCACCAUGCCUGAUGGGCAGCAGGUAUUAACGGUGUCAGACACGGAGGUUGCUGAGGAAACGGUGAUCAGUGAGGAGCCAUCCAUUAAACGGCCACGUGUGAAGGAGGAAGACGACAGUGAAAUGACAGAAAUACAAGACAUGCAGAUCCACCAAAACAUCUCACUGCAGGACAUGCAGGAAAAAGUGUCUCUUCUGAAGCAGCUGGAGGAGGCGAAUCGUGAAGCUCAGAGAUACAGACAGCAGUUCCUGAAGAAAGAGCAGGAAGCAGAAGCUUAUAGACAGAAACUUGAGGCCAUCACACGACAGAACGCAAAGAAAACCGUGUGAAAAACAAAACACACACACACUGUUAAAGCUGUAUUAUUGAGGAUCCCUCAAAGAUGCAAUGGUUUUCAUAUUCAGAUAAUAAUAUUUACAAACAAACCUGUUGACAUCAGGACACUAAAAAGUCAUUACCCUUACCUAAUUGAAUUUGAGAGUUUUUACAAGCAAUUUAAUUCAGAUUAAUUCAACCAACAUAAUUAUUAUGAAUCAGACGAGGAGUGAGGAUCUAAAUGCAGUUCUUUUAAACGAAGGAACAAAUGGUGAACAGGACAACUAAAAAUAAAACAACACAGGGAACAAACAAAACAUCCACGAGGGGGAAAACAAAUUAUAAACAUGAAAAACAUCCAGAGAGGGCAAGGCCAGGAACACAAUCAAGGACAACCAUAACAAUCAACCACCGACAACAAAUGAACAAACAACAGUGCUUAAAUACACAGGGAUGAAUGAUUAAAUUACACACAGGUGAGAACAAUAACACUGGCAGUGAUGAGGGCAGGGGAUUAUGGGAAGUGUAGUUUGGGACAGGUGACAGGGGAGAAACACUGAGCAGACAACAGGGGAUCGUGAAAAUAAUCAAGUGGGAUUAUGUCAAAUCAAUGUACGGUAGUAGUUUUAACUAAACUUUAUUAGGUUCAUCAAAUUUAAAUGACUCUUGCUUAAUUUCAUUACAAGUGUAAGGGACAGUGAAACUGCUGCACUGUCAAUUUGACAUGGAAAAAAAUGUCCAUCCUCAAAUUAAGCACAUGCACCAUUCUUCACCACAAUGGUAACCCUCAAAACUCAAGCGUAACAGACACUCUUUUUAAAUGCCAAUAGAACAGAACAAUAAACAUGAACAAGUUUCCUCCAAUUCUAAUCUUGCUCAAAAAUGCAUAAAAUAAUACUUCAUUUCAACAUUUAUUCACCCCAUCCAGUCUUCAUCUAGUCCAAACUCAAAUGGAUUAAGUCAACUUCAAUUUGACAAAUUUAAUUGGAUAGAGCGCAGUGAAAUAAUAUUGUGAACAAAUGUUCAAGAAUUUUAAUUAAGUAAACUGAACCUGCAAAAAUCUUUUUUUUGUUGUCAAGUGAAUUGAAUGUUACUUCACAAGACUGAAAAUGAUUACAUGAGCAUUAAUCACUUUUGUUUGCCUCUGUUCACACCAGCGAAUAGCUCGUGUGCUCCAGACAUGUCGAGCUGUGGUGCUCAUGUGGGCGACAGAUUUGCUUGCCCAUAUCCCAUUACUCAAUCCCCCGAUGGUUUCUCAAUUAAGUGGGAAAAAAAUACAAACACACAGGAAAUAUGACUGACCUGCAGAUGAAUUGGGGAAAUCAAUGAUUUUAAAUUGUGCAAUUUAUUAUUAUUUUCAUAUAAUACCUUUUUUAUAUAUUAUAUUUAUCCCCCCAAAAGAAGUUUAGCGUAAUUUGUUCAGAUAGUUUCUGCAGAAACUGUGGUUUCCAUCAUUGAUAAUGGAUUUUACAGCCCAUUAUUCUAGAUUAUCUAAUGUCUGUCAUUUGCUUGUUUACGGUUUUCUCAUGAUCGUGAUUCGUGAUAAAAUUUGCCGUUUUCUGGAUUGCUGUCAAAAAAUCUUAUUUUUAAAAGACCAGAUUGUUGGGAUCAUUAAGGAUGAAUGCUCAUUCUCACUGCAGAAAUAUACUUUUUUAAACAUGUAUUCAUAACAUCUAGCAGCUUGAUUUUACAUGUAAAACUAUUAUGCUAAAAUACUGUUGUCAUCUAAAACUCUGAAUUGAGCAUUUAAAUGCACAGAAAAUAGUUUUGCAUUCAUGAAGCUGUGAUGAAAGAAUUCCAGCAUUGCCAGGGUCUUUAUUUUCUUAAUAUUCUGUAGAUAUUAAUAAAAAAAAAAU